AUGGAAACCCUAGCUGCGCCGGUGGCCGCCUCCCAGCGCCUCCUCCCCUCCCCUUCCCGCCUCUCCGGCCGGCGCGCGUCCCCUCCGCUUUACUUGUCUCCGGGCGACGCGGCCGCCUCCUUGUGUGGUUCCGGUAGGAGCGCCCCUCCCAUCCGUCUCUGCCAUGGCCUACCCCCCUCCGUUUCCCGUCGCUCUGGUCCGCCGCCUCUCAUGUGUCGCUCUGCGCUUUCCACUCCCUGCUCGGCGUCUCCGCCAGGUAUUUGAUCUGUAGAUUGGAUUCCCUUUUGCGAUUCUCUUUGACUGUUAGCGCGGAGUCUCCAGCAGAUUCGACGGUGACGGAGGGUGCAUGUGUGGUUUUUUGCUUGCAGUGGUCAACGAUGAGGUGGUCAAAUUUAUGGAGGCGGGCAAGAGAGGGAACAUGGUGGCGCUCUCCCGCUGCAUAUUCUGCGACCACCUGACACCGCUUCUGGCCUACCGGUGCCUCGUCAAGGAGGACGACCGUGAUGCCCCCAGCUUCCUCUUCGAGUCUGUCGAACAGGGAUCCCAUGGAACAAAUGUGGUGAGCACGGACUGUAUGAAUUUAUUCUCCUCGAAUUCUUCUUCUGUGAUUUCUCGCCUCACUAGGAGUAAUGUCUUCUAGGGAAGGUAUAGUGUAGUUGGAGCGCAGCCGGCCAUGGAGGUCGUAGCGAAGGAGAACUGGGUGACAAUCAUGGACCAUGAGGAGGGCCAGAAGAAAGAGGAGUUUGUGGAUGAUCCUAUGGUGGUUCCGAGGAGGAUCAUGGAGAGAUGGAGCCCGCAGUCCAUUGAGGAUCUUCCUGACGCCUUCUGCGGUAGGCUGAGCUUCUUGAUAUCUUCUACUCUAUGUUCUAUAUCUUUGAUGGUCACGAAAAUUCUAAUGUCAAUGGAUGGUUUCGUUGGAAAGUAGUUGAUCCUCUGGCAGUCGAAUAAUUUAAUAAUAUUUGGUUAAUCUUCUUGACUAUUAUUCUUCCACCUAUCAUAUGAAAGUGAUUCCAGGCAAAUGCAUACAAUUGGAUUCGACGAUCCAGCCUACGUGUGACCCACAAUUAUUAAGCCAGCUAUCGCAUUCUACUAUCACACUGACACUGCCAUUUCAAUAUUAAGCCGGAUGGUGUUUGACUGACUAAAGAAAGUAAACUUCCUUCAAGGUCUGCGUUUGUUUAAUAUUGUGCUUUAGACCGAUUCAUUGAUGUUUUAGUUUAAAUCCCACUUGACAUGGAUGUGUUGGGGUCGUUUGACCAAUCUGUGUAACAUGUUCUGUCUGUUUUACUAUAGAAAGCAUUCUCGUGACGCCUAAAAAUGUAGUAUUCUUGUCUCCCUCUGGAGCAUCGUAUUUGGUGGCUCAAUUCUAAUAAAAUUAGCUAAGGUUAUCUUUUAAGGCACCAGUCUGCGAACUUAGUCUUCAGUUAAUCAAAAGUAUCAGACUCGUCAGUCUUUAAUCAUCAUUAUCAUUUUUUCUAGUGCCUAGGGGAUUUUCAUGUGCAUUUAUUGCUCCUUGGGAAUCGAGUUAGCCAUUGUUCAAGCCUUAUGCUGUUGGGUUCAAAAGUUGUUCAGAUUUUCCGAGAUGUUAAAUGCGAGGCAAGAAAAUUAGCCCAUAUUUUUCAGUCCAUAUGAUAUUUUGAUGGAGCUAUUUAUUUUAAAAUGUCUUGGAUUGAGGGCAUUCAUCAUUUCGGAACUUUUCAAGCUAACCCUACUCCAAAUUUAUACCAUAUUUUCGUUAGGGAGGUACAUAUUCUUUAACUUUUUCGUGAUCGGGGCCCAUUUCUUACAGAAUCAUUUGGUGAUGCGCAGUUGAAUUUAGAAGUUUGCCAUUGAACAAUGACGCUUCCUAUGUAAUAGGUGAUUUCAUUCACUGAUCCAGUGGAGAGGCUAUAUGUCUGCCAUUUUUCAUUGUUUAUUUUAUUAACAUUUUAAUUUUUUUGGAAAAGUCAAUCACUGACAAGUCUUGAAUGAUCUUUCCUUAUUUUCGGGUUACAUAUGCUUAUAUUUAUUUUUCAUUGAGAAAGAAUGCAAUUAUUUUAUUUUUAUAAUUUAUGGUAGCUAUAACAUCGGUUUCGUGUCAUUGUGUCAACGAUUUUUUGUACUCCAACAUUCUUUAUUUAAUCAAACAAGAAUCAUGAAAGUUUCAAACGUAGAAAAGCUUAUGGAGCUUAAGCAGUUGAGCAAAUGUUUUUUAGUUUUUUUCAGGCGGAUGGGUCGGCUAUUUUUCAUAUGAUACAGUUCGAUAUGUGGAAAAAAAGAAACUUCCAUUCUCAAGCGCUCCUGAAGAUGAUAGGAAUCUCCCAGACGUCCACCUAGGUCUCUAUAAUAAUAUCAUAGUAUUUGACCAUGUGGAGAAGGUAAACUUGUUUUUUCUGUAUCUAUCACAUGUGAGUUUUAAUAAUUAUGAGAAGUACACUUGACUGCAUUGGUUUCUGAACCAUUUACGAUUAUGAUACCUGUUUUUCUGCUAUCUAACCGUAGUGGUGUCACCUUUAGCUGAUCAUUUACUGUCAGAAUUUCAUUUUACAAAGGUGAUCCAUCAGCAUUGAGUCGAUCAAUUCAGAGGAUAUAUAAUACUCUGCGGAACAUAACUGGAUGUCUGGUCUAUUUCUUGAAUCAGAAAGCAUAUGUAAUCCAUUGGGUUCGAGUGGAUCGCUACCCUUCUAUCGAGUUAGCCUAUCAUGAUGGAAAGCAGCAGUUGAACUUCCUGCUAUCUAUGUUACAUAACGAUAAUCUGUGAGUUGGAGAGCACCCUAUUGCUGUUUUGGUUACUUUUUAUCUGUAUGUCAGUUAUUGUGACUGUGUUCUGAAUCAUGGUUAUUCCUCUUCUGUUAGUCCAAAGUUAUCAGCAGGAUCCGUGAACUUACAUACUCGGCAAUUUGGGAAAUCUCUGACAAAGUCAACCAUGUCUAGUGAAGCAUAUAAGGGGGCUGUCAUGGAGGCAAAAGAGCAUAUUCUUGCUGGAGACAUCUUCCAGAUUGUCCUGAGUCAACGUUUUGAGCGCAGAACAUUUGCUGAUCCAUUUGAAGUAUACAGAGCGUUAAGAGUUGUGAAUCCAAGUCCCUAUAUGACUUAUCUUCAGGUUUAUAGACUCCUGGCAGUCUCUUUUAGCAAUUUUUUUCGAUUGGCUCUUGCAUACAUGAUGGCAAAAUCUGCAAUGCUUUGACAAUAUUGGUUUUAUAAUUCAUUUCUACUUUCUGACAAAUUUCAGGCCAGAGGAAGUAUUCUUGUGGCAUCAAGCCCUGAAAUUCUUACUCGUGUGAGGAAAGUAGGUCACAACCUUUUCUCUUAGUUUUAGUUGAGCUUGUUUGGCUCACCAAUCAUUCAUUUGAUAUUAGUACAGUGCUUAAUUGGUAGAAUUGCUUUCUCGGUUGGUUAUAUUUUCAGGACGGCGUCAACUUAAUUGAAAACAAUAAUGUUUUCAUUUUAAUGGCCAUGGCACAAUAUCAGUAUUUAGUUCCUGACGUCGUAUUCUCUUCCUUGAGACUUCUGUGCACCUUUAAUCAUAUUACACUGUCCAACAGGAUGACUAUUUAAAAUUGAAGCAGUAUGCGUUGCAGGAAUUUAUUUCACAUUUAUGUUCGGUAGAGAUCAUCAUUCAUCAUAAUUCACUAGCCGAUUUCGAUUUUUCAUUAUAUGAGACUUUAUUUGUCUUGGAAAUCCUCUGUUGGUGAAUUUUGAAACCUUUUGGUCCUGUCGUUUAAAUAUAGAUGAGGGAGAAGAAAGAGAAGCAAUAGUUAACAUAUCGCAUAUUGACUAUGCACUGUAUCUAGCACCCAUCCUCAUCUGCUUUUGGCGUUAAAAUUCAUGGGGUGACUCUUGGCUUAUGCCGCAAUUUUUUAUUUGGAUAUGAGCUUGAACACCACUCCUAAAUUUCGUUUCCUUUUCUGUACAUCUCGUUUGGUUUGUGAAGCAAUAUUGUGGGCUUUGUCUUAAUGGAACAAAACAAUGGUGCCGACAAUCGAACGUAUCAAUGCAUCAUUCUACCUCGUACCAUGCCGUUCAACUUUAUCUGCUUGGGUUGUGAAUCUUCGUAGUGCGAGAAUUGGUUUUAUAUCGCUUUCUGGCACGUGUGUAAAGUGGUGUGCCUCUGUUUUCCUCAUGUUUUAAGGGAAAGGUCAUCAAUCGUCCACUUGCUGGGACAGCUCCAAGAGGCAAGACAGCGGGAGAGGAUCUUGAAGUAGAACGUUGGCUGCUGAAUGAUGAAAAACAGUGUGCAGAGCACAUCAUGUUAGUUGACUUGGGAAGGAAUGACGUUGGAAAGGUUCGUAAAGCGCUUGAUUGUCUUGUACUUUGCAUUUUCUAUCUAUUGGAGCCCCCAAACGUAAAUGCCAAAAUAAUAACAACCCAUAUUUCUCCUAACCUGAUUGGCAAUCCGUGCUUCCUGAUCUUCAGAGACCGUAGGGUCUCUGUUUCUUGUUUAACGACUGAGUAGAUUUCCACAACUUUCUGUGUAUCAUGCCUUUUGACGCUCGAUCUUGAUGUGAUUUUUUUUGGUGAGUUUCAAAUCACUCUCCAUGCUUGUGCUCUCUCUUGAGUUGAAUUUUAUCUGUGGCUGAAUCAUGCGAAUCAUUCAGUAAAUCAUGCUUCGGCAAAUAUGCGAAGCAAUAAAUAAAAUAGAACUCCACUCAACACACUGCAGGAGAAUUUUUCUGAAGAAUGGUGUCAAGGUUCAAGACCUGCUUAAUCUUUUUCUUGGGUAUGACCACUUAAGGCUCUGAUGCAACCUGGUCGCCUUGUCACACUGAUUUUCGUUCGUCUUCGUACCAUCUAUCGUGCCACUACUCUCUGAUGGUUACUCCUUUGCCUGCGACCUUUCAAGGAGUGGCAGAACAGUGGCCUCCAUUAUUUAUCGUUGCGUCAUAUCUCACAUUCCCGGAUCCUUGUGGUUCAGGUUUCGAAGCACGGGUCCGUGAGGGUGGAGAAGCUGAUGGAUAUAGAAAGAUACUCGCACGUCAUGCACAUAAGUUCCACGGUAAGGAAGACCGCCCGCCGCCCCUCCCGCCCGCUUUAGAGUAGCAUUGGCAUGUGAUUUAUCGCUGUUUUCCGGGUUCCCAUCUCUUUAUCUGGCCGUGGGAUAUUAUCAGAAAAAUCGGCCUGGCCGAGACCCACCGAGGAAUCCCCACGCCCGGUCGACAUUUAUUCUUUAGCCGAUGAUAUGUUUGCAGGUCAGUGGAGAGCUGCAUGAUCAUCAUACGAGCUGGGAUGCUCUGCGUGCCGCUUUGCCCGUCGGCACCGUGAGCGGUGCUCCAAAGGUUGCCCGUCCAUACUCGUCCCCCUCUCCAUAACACAUAUUUCGAGUCGACCUUGGCGGCUGGUUACGCGAGAGGAGGAAGUCAUGCUUGAUGAAAUUAAUCUAACAUUCUCAGGUCAGAGCGAUGGAGUUGAUAGACGAGCUGGAGGCGACGCGGCGGGGCCCGUACAGCGGCGGGUUCGGAACGGUGGCGUUCGGCGGGGACAUGGACAUCGCGCUCGCCCUCCGCACAAUCAUCUUCCCCAUCGGCCCUCACUAUGACACCGUCUACUCCUACAAGGACGGGAAGCGGCGGCGGGAGUGGGUGGCGCACCUCCAGGCCGGCGCCGGCAUCGUCGCCGACAGUGUCCCCGACGACGAGCAGCGCGAGUGCGAGAACAAGGCCGCGGCGCUCGCUCGUGCCAUCGACCUCGCCGAGUCGGCGUUCCCCCAUUGA